CGGUGCGCGUGCGCGCCGGCGGUGCCCGCGGGCGCAGGAGGGCGCGGGGUAUGUCGGCCACGUGCGCCGUGUCCCGGAAAGCGCCGCUGCCAAGGCCUCGUUCCCAGGGCGAGAGGGAGCCGCCCGCCAAGGUGAUGCGCAGGGGGCUGCGGCGAGGCCGCGAGGAGGAGCGGGAGCAGCUGCCGUGGCCGGGAGAGAGCGCGAGCGGCAUGGGAGCGGAGGCCGAGGCGGAGCGGGCGGCACCGCUGAGCGACGAGCGGCGGAGGCGGCAGCCUCUAGAACCCAGGGCGCUGACGACGGCGUCGGCCAGGGCGGUGGAGGAGGAGGAACGUCUGGAGCGGGAGCACUUUCGGAGGAUCAUCAACGCUUUCCGAUAUUACGGAACGAAUAUGCAUGAACGAGUGAACAGAACAGAGAGGCAGUUUAAGUCUCUCCCAGCUAACCAACAGAGUCUUCUUCCUCAAUUUCUUCCUCACCUUGACAAGAUUCGGAAGUGCAUUGAUCAUAAUCAAGAAAUACUACAAACCAUUGUGAAUGACUGUGUUCAUAUGUUUGAAAAUAAGGAAUAUGGAGAAGAUGGAAGCGGGAAGAUUACACCAGCUUCAACAUUUGACAUGGAUAAAUUAAAGUCCACAUUGAAACAAUUUGUGAGAGACUGGAGUGAAGAGGGAAAAUCUGAGAGGGAUUCCUGCUACCAGCCAAUUAUUAGUGAAAUUAUAAAGAACUUUCCAAAAGAAAGAUGGGAUUUCUCCAAAGUUAAUAUCCUGGUACCUGGUGCUGGGCUAGGUAGAUUGGCGUGGGAAAUAGCUAUGCUCGGUUAUGCUUGCCAAGGAAAUGAAUGGAGCCUCUUUAUGCUCUUUUCUUCUAACUUUGUACUCAACAGAUGCUCUCAAAUUAAUUCAUGUAAGCUUUAUCCCUGGAUUCAUCAAUUUAGCAAUAACAGAAGAUCUGCUGAUCAGAUACGACCAAUUUAUUUCCCAGAUGUUGAUCCUCACAGUCUUCCUUCUGGUUCAAACUUCUCUAUGACAGCAGGGGAUUUUCAGGAAAUUUAUUCUGAGUGCAAUACGUGGGACUGUGUAGCAACUUGCUUUUUCAUAGAUACAGCACAUAAUGUUAUUGAUUAUAUUGAUACUAUAUGGAAAAUACUAAAGCCUGGAGGAAUAUGGAUAAAUGUAGGUCCUCUCCUUUACCAUUUUGAAAACCUGGGGAAUGAACUUUCCAUAGAAUUAAGCUACGAGGAUAUAAAAAAUGUUAUCCUGCAGUAUGGAUUCCAUAUAGAGGUGGAGAAAGAAUCUGUGCUGUCAACUUACACUGUGAAUGAGCUCUCCAUGAUGAAAUACUACUAUGAAUGCGUGUUGUUUGUGGUGAGAAAACCAGAAAAGUAGUGGUCUGAAUAGGUUAAUGGGAAAAUAAGGUUGGCUUGAAAGAUAGAAAUGAGAAUAAAAUAAUGUGGUGAUGUAUGGACACAACCUCAAAUCAGUGGUGCCUUCUUGUUCCUAAGAGGAUAUAGAUAGUGUCUAUUUUCUUAAUAUCUCUAUUGCUAUUCAGACAUAUACUAUGCCAUGCAUAUUCAUAAUAAACUUGUGAAAGAUCAGACGUUCACAUGCAUUGUCUUUGUGCUUUGGAAUGCAUUA